AUGUUCAAAAAAUGGAGGUCCGACAAGUCCUCCAAGUCGAAACCGCAAAAGAAGGCCAGUGCAAAAUCCCAAACAAGGGUUAGAGCCAAGGAUAAACCACGGUCUUCGUCUCACUCUUCAAUCGCUCACUCUCUUGGUUCUUCUUCGUUUGACCACACGACAACAAAUACGAACGUCAGUACGACGACUACUGAUGGUACCGAGAUUCCUGCAUCGCAAAGUUUAGAUAAAACCUCUAGCGGCACUGGAUUGGCUGAUAGCGUCGAUCCGAAGGCGGAGGUGUCUCAUCUGGAGUUUUCUGCUUACAAAGACGAACCCUAUGAUCCUUCACUUGAGUACAAGGUGAUCAACAAAGAUGAUUCGAAUAUGCCUUACGGAGAUGGAUCUGAUAAGGUGUUUGGAAUGGAGAACUUCGGCUACACCUGCUACAUUGCCUCGAUUUUACAGGCGCUUUACUUCACUGAGCCCCUUCGGAAAGAAGUGCUAUCAUUUCCCAAAAGGGAUCCAGAAAAUCUGCGUAAGAGAAAGCUACGUGUCAAGGGUAUCCGGCCGCAUGGGUUCAUGGCUGCAAUUUCUCUUCAACAGGAAAAACAUGAAAAGGAUAAGGAUAAGGACAAGGAUAAAGAGAAGGAGAAGGUGAAGCAAAUCGAAAAACCAUUACUUUUUGCUGUAGCCGACGACUUAUCAAAAAAAUCUUCGAAUAGUAGUGUCUCGGGCUCUUCAAGAAUGAAGAAUCUAUUCAGCAGAUCUUCAUCAAACGAGAAAAUCAAUAAUGCGGAUGGCUCCUCUGCUGAAGAUACGGGCACAAGUGAUGGAACAAACGAUGCCAACGGAAACUCUCCUAGCAUUGCAGAUGAAAUCCCCGUAGAGAAUAUACAACUUGAAAGAACGCUGAUAUCUCGAUAUCCAAGUUAUAAAGACUUGGACAUCAGGUAUUUUUUGAACCAUCAGUCGAAUGUCACCAUUGUGGGUGCCACGAACAACUCAGCUGACGGCUCAGAGCAGCGAAAAAGACGGGCAUUAUUUAAAGGACCAAUCAUCAACUUGGAUAUAUCAUUCAGCGAAGAAUACGGUAUGAAAUCGAGCCUUUUCACCAGUCUUAAAGAUGCUUUUGAAGCAGUCACCGAAAACAGUUCGAAAGUAGGUAUUCUAUCUCCUUACUACUUUGUGGAAGUUGUUAAACAGCUGAACGAGAUGUUCAGAAGUUCGAUGCAUCAGGAUGCUCACGAGUUUCUUAACUUUCUAAUCAACAGCCUCAUAGAAGUAGUCAGUGACUAUACCGCAUCGCAUAGUGAUGAAUCGAGUAAGCUGAGCCAAAUUUUUGAGGGGCUUCUUACUAGCGAGACUAAAUGUUUGUCGUGCGAAAGCAUCUCCACAAGAGACGAGAAGUUCCUUGAUCUUUCCAUUGACUUGCAACAAAACACCUCGAUCGCCAACUGUCUGAAGAUGUUUUCGCAAAGCGAGAUGCUCAAGGGAUCGGACAAAUUCUUUUGCGAGACAUGCCAUUCUUUGCAGGAGGCUGCAAAGAUGAUUAAACUUAAAAAGCUACCUCAGAUACUGGCUUUCCACUUGAAGAGAUUCAAAUAUUCAGAGGAACUUGGCCGCAUGGUGAAAUUGUUUUACCGUGUUGAGUAUACGAAGACCCUCCGUAUUUUCAAUACCACUGACGAUACUAAGGAGCCGGACAAAUUGUACGAAUUAUAUUCUGUGGUGGUGCACAUCGGAGGAGGACCUUACCAUGGUCAUUAUGUCUCCCUCAUUAAGACCAAUAGAUACGGCUGGCUUCUAUUUGACGAUGAAACGGUCGAAUCUAUCGAUGAAAACUACGUGUAUCGGUUCUUUGGUGAUGGCCCUGGUUUAUCUACUGCUUAUCUAUUGUUUUACAGAGAAGUUUUGGAGGAAGAAAAACUACGAGAAAAACAACUGUUCAACGGUCUUGAUGACGAGGAAGACAGUGAAAAUUUUGGUACUGCUCCCACUAUGAUGAAGAACAGUAACAAUACGAGCUCCCGCAGUGAGAAUGCUAACGAAAGUACGAACAACAGCUCAGAUACCAAGAGCAGUAACACCGUCAUUAACGGUUCAGAAGAGAACUCCAAGCAAAGCAAGAAGAAGAAUAGGCUGACACUUAACUUUAUGAAAUUGUAG